GUGAUUGACAUCAAGGAGAAACUGAAGCUGUUCAAGAAGUUCUGGUCCAACCUGCCUGAGGACGUCUGCCAGCCACACAGGGUGACAGCAGGGAAUGCCACCGAUGAUGACCAGUGUUGGAAUGGGCACACAAAGGGCAGGUAAGACUGGACUACAGUAAGUGUUUGCACCCGAACACAGGCUGCUUACCCCGAACACUUGGGUAAACUAGCACUAAAUUACUUCCACAAUAUGUCUGAUCCCUGAAUUAAGAACCAUUCUGAUUGUGUAUUUUGCACUGGCCCAAAUACGACAGCUAGCUAUUGCAGAGCCUUGACAUUUCUGGCUGUGGCAUUGCAAAACAAGUGGAAGACAAACACUGCUAUGAACUCCAAAGUCCUCAGAGGAGUUUGGAGAUAUAAAACCACCCGACCAAACUGAGUCUUAACAGAUGCCUUCCCUGGAGAAGCCCUUUAAAGCUGAAAUUCGCAGACUGUGGGCAACCCCAGGCCGCCUCACUUCUUCUGUUGUUUUUUCACUUUGAAGGAAAACAUUGGGGUUGAGCCCUGAGCCGCCUUGGGCUGGCCUUCUGGACAAGGUGUGUCUUUGCACUAAAUCAUGCCCAAUCGAAUGACCCUGCUGGAGCAUGGCUCCGGAGCUGGAGAGGAAGGGAAAGUCACUUGCAAGCUACAGCCGCCAGAAACAAACACACAGCAGACGAAGCCAAUAAGCUAUCUAACUUGUUUGCAGAUAAACUGUCUUGGUAGCAGGGACAAUGUUUUCAGAAAAUGUUGACAGAAUUACUUUUAUGACUAACGUAGUAAAGUAACACGUUACUUUUUCAAAUUGGGUAAUAUUAUUACGGUUACUUUGUCAAAGAAUCCGAUCUCGACUUGUUUCCUCAUUUUGUUCUCGAGCGGAGAAAGACUGUUUGGAGAAAGCUGCUGUCCAUAGAAAUGCAUAGAGGGCACACCUCUGAUCUUUGCCAUUGAUCGCUUCUGUGAUGGCAAAGUCCAUAGAUGGCUCUCCCUCGUCUAUUGGCAAGAGUGCCCUCUAUUACAUCUCUAUGGGUCCUACAUGCAUUCUAUACCAGAACUCACGGCUCGAGAGGAAUAUUUUCAAUGAAAAGAUACGAAAUCUGCAUAUAUGGCUAAUUAAGCAGCCCAAACGAUAGCACAGCACUUGUAUACUAGCACAGGAAAGCAGCGCCACAGAUGAAAGGAGAAACUAGUGAUCAAACCUGUGUUUGUAAGUAGCAUAUGUUUGGUCGAGAGACUCGCCUUGUUCCCUCCAGCAGAUUAUGUAGAUUUUUUUAAUGAAAGUAAUAUAAGUAGUAAUAUAACGCGUUAUUUUCCACACAAAGUUAUUGUAAAGUAACACGUUACUUUUGUUAAAUGUAACUUAACUAAAGUUACUAAUCCCAACACUGCUAGGUAGGAAUCAAUGCCGUAAAUAGGCAGGCAAUGUGACAUAGCUAACUAUUUUGGUCGAUUUAGCAAACAAAUCAUUAUUGAAUCACGGAGCAUAACAGAAAAUGCAUACAGCAUUUCUUACCUCUCUUUCAGUGUUGGGGUUUGCACAACCACAACUUGUACAGCCUCAGGUUCCCUCUAAAUCAGACCGUCUCCACCAGUAUCUCCCUGAAAAAUAGAUGUUUGUGUGAUGUUACUGUACCGGAUUUAAUAGCUGAUGCACUUUUUGGGGUGGUCCUGGGCCUAAAAUGCUGUCGACCACCCAGCUAGCUAGCAUUAUCAUCUACAAACCAAACCCACUAAUGUUAUCAUGUCAACAAUCUGCAUAUCAAGCUUUAGCUAGCUAGCUAAUGUUAGCUAGUUGAAAUAAAGGCAUUUGGGCAUCUUGUGGGGUUUAUGCAGUGUAGCUACAUGAUGCAGCUAUCGUUAGAUUUGUUUGAGUACAAAACAGUCAGAAUACAGAAGAUGUUAGCUAGCUAAGUAGCCAUGUUAGCUAGCUUGAACAUUGAACACACUAAGGUUAGCAGCUAACUUAGCAAGCAGACUAAAAACACAAUCCAACACUUACCUACCAGUCCAUGAGAACAGUGGAAAUGUCAGCUUCACACUUCCAACCUUUCAAUGCUCGCCACCUUUCAAAAUUAAUUCCAAUAUUUAUCUGGUUUUAGGAUUGGUCAUGAGCAGUCUUUUUCUCGAAUUUUUUUCUCUUUUGGGGUCGAUUCAGAUCCAAGAACCAAGGAUGAUGCAUCUUUAAUGUUGGUUUUAAUUUGCUUUGAUGUCUUUUUAUAACCAGCAUGAUGCCUCGUUGCUCGAAUUAAUUGCAUUAGCAGCCAAAAUGUUUGAAAACUGAAGUUAAAUUCUGCUUUGUCCCAAAAGGGGAGACUAAUAAACUACUGUUAUUCCAAAGUCAUAAUACAACUUUUACUUUUAUGUGCAUAUUACUUAGUGACCUUGGGACUAUAAGGUUCUAUCUUCGCAAAUCAUAGUUCUGAGAUAUUGAGCAUCAAAGUUUUCACAUCCCAGAUCUCUGAACUGUUUUGUAGUGAAUUCUUAUUUCAUAACCCAUUAACGUUCUCACCUUAAAGGUACCUAAAGUGCAUAGUAUCAAACUCCUGAGAUGUUUGUAAAUCCGUUUUUUUAGGGGGGUGCAAUCGCAGAUAGAACCUUAUGGCUCUGAAAUGUCAAUCUGUGUUCAGCCAUAAGGUUCUUUCUGACAAUUGUUCCGUUUUUAAGACUACUGUAGCUAUUUGAAUACAUAACUGAUAGAAUAACACUAUUUUACCAAGAUAGAGUCAGAACACAUCAUCAAAUACAUUAAGACAUGUAUUAUGAUCAUCAGACAAAUUACUUUAAUCACUGAACAACGAUGUGACAACAUUUACUUUAUGAUUUCUGACAGCGUUGUUUUUUUUUUGCUUGCCUGCCGUUACUGCUGCCUAGACUAGCCUAGACCAUACUUAGAGGGACAUGGCAAAGACGUGUUCGGAUUGGUCCGUUGGUAUUUGUUCAGGCUUGUAAUUGGAUUGCAAAUAGAACUUUAUAGUGCCAAGUUCAAAUGGGUUUAUGCAGAUAGAAUUUUCUAGUUUUUCAUUUGUUUCACUUAAAAUGUUAUUUUACGAAAAUCGAACUUCACAGACAUAUGAAGAACCAUCUAAAGAUAAAUUAUAUGUGACUAACUUAUUUUUGACAAAAAAAUCAGAUAUAACCUUAUAGUCCCAAGGACUCAACUUGCUGGGUGACUUCACUUGAGUAAUAUUAAUAGCAUUGCUCAUUUCUGUUUCUCAUUCAGUUAUUAUGAAUGUAAUAUUUAGUUGUGUCCUGUGUGUAUGAUAAUUACAUAGAGGUUGCAUUUAUCCCAGCGUUCUUGAAUUGUGAAUUGUGAUCGCUUCCCUGUCUUUCUUGAUAUGCCAGGCUGUCAAGCUGCAGAAACAUACUUCCCCUACUGGUUUUCCUACGGGUUUGAACACCCAACGGUUGAGAUAGAAACAUAACUGAAGAUGCUGAAGGCACUGUUACCAUGUAAACAAGCAUCAGUUUUGUUGCCUGACCAAUAUAACCUGUGAUUGGUUGUGUGGGUGUUCCAAAUAGGUUGUCAGACAGAUGUUUAGAAAGCAUAUUAUGUUGUUGUUGUUUUGCAUUAGUAAAAUGGUAGGAAAACAGAUUUUUGUAACAGCUCAUGUCUUGUUUGAGAGUUUAGGUUUUUAUCAGGUUUUAAUUCAAAUAUGAUAUACAAACAGUAUACCUCUUGGUGUGUUGUUAUCCAAAGCUGUCCGACUGUUUCAAAGCAGACAGGUGGAUGUGGGGAAACAAAGGUAUUGUUGGGUGAUGAAGGAUAGCAUUGCACAGCCUUGGCUUGGUGGCAGUGGCGACUGAGUUGUGAAAUUAACAGGAAGUGACCCCCGUAACAAUUUCCCUGGAGAAAUAUCUUCAAAGUAUGUCAACACACCCCGAGACGAGUGCCUUUCAAGAGCUCACUCUACUCACCCUGGUCACCCCUGACAGACCUGUGCUAUUCCUUCCAGCCUGUCAGAAGGAGAGCAGAGGACAAAAACAACGCUGUAGAGAGUGACGUGGCGGGUUCAGCCUUUGUCUUUGUCCUGUCUUAUCCAACUGGAGGGUGCAGAGCCCACAGCCUCUGUUCCGGAGAAUUCUGUUUGACAGACACAGCAUGCAGGGGAGGCCAGACCAGACUAUAAUGAGGCUGUCGAGUGUCAUUAACUGCUCUGUCAUUACUCUCAUUCACCCCAAGUCUCUGUGUUGCUCCAAUGUUCCACAUGAAAUGUUCUACUAAUUGCCUAACAAAUUGGUGUUUGCCUCAGUGUGCAUAAGAUAUGAUUUCUUUAAAAAAACUGUUGCAUGGGUAACUAUGGAAACUCUUUUUAAUAUGCAUGAAAUGAAAAGGCAUGGUUUUUGUCUGGCCUGACAGGUAUUUCCCAGAGGUUCUGAAAGAUGGAUUGACGAAUCAGGUGAAUAACCCUGAGGUGGGCGUGGACAUCACCAGGCCGGACACGUUCAUUCGCCAGCAGAUCAUGGCUCUGAGAGUGAUGACAAACAAGUUAAAAAAUGCCUACAAUGGUAAUGAUAUCUACUUUCAAGACUCAAGUAAGUAACACUCCACAGUGUUUUAAAAAAAAAAAAAAAAAAAUAUAUAUAUAUAUAUAUAUAUAUAUAUAUAUACUGUAUAUAUAUUAUAUUGUUAGAAAAGUAGUCAUGCAUUGUUUCAUAGUAUUGAAAAAAAAAAAAAAAAAAAAGGAUUUUGUAGUUAAACUUUUUCAUGUUUAAACACUGCACUAAUUUCUUCUGUAUUCAUGUUUUCACUUUAACGUUGAAAGUCUGUAUUUUAUAUCAAUAGGCCUCUCUUCGUUAGUUCCUCUCUCUGUUAGUUCCUCUCUUUGUUAGUUCCUCUCUCUGUUAGUUCCUCUCUUUGUUAGUUCCUCUCUCUGUUAGUUCCUCUCUUUGUUAGCUCCUCUCUCUGUCAGGUCCUCUCUCUGUCGGUUCUUCUCUCUGUCAGUUCCUCUCUGUUAGUUCCUCUUUCUGUCAGUUCCUCUCUGUCAGUUCAUCUUUGUCAGUUCUCCUCUCUCUGUCAGUUCCUAUUUCUGUUAGUUCCUCUCUCUUAGUUCCUCUUUGUGUCAGUUCCUCUCUCUGUCAGUUCCUCUCUCUGUCAGUUCUUCUUUCUGUUCGUUCAUUUCUCUGUUAGUUAAUCUCUCUGUUUGUUCCUCUCUCUGUCAGUUCCUCUCUCUCUGUCAGUUCCUCUCUCUGUCAGUUCCUCUCUGUCAGUUCUCCUCUCUCUGUCAGUUCUUCUUUUUGUUCGUUCCUCUUUCUGUUAGUUCCUCUCUCUGUCAGUUCCUCUCUCUGUCAGUUCCUCUCUCUGUCAGUUCCUCUCUCUGUCAGUUCCUCUCUCUGUUAGUUCUUCUUUCUGUUAGUUCCUCUCUCUGUCUGUUCCUCUCUCUGUAUAUCUAUGGACAGCUCAUUGUGCUCUGUGUCUUCUUGUGCUGUUGUCCAGGCGAUGAGGGCAGUGGCUCAGGCAGUGGCAGUGGCUGCACGGAGGCCUGCGUCACUGAGUUUGACUUUUCCAGCACCGAGGCUCCGGUAGUGGGAGCAGACCGGAGCGGGAGUGGCCCGGUGGAGGAUUCAGCAGCAGCCACACACCCUGCCCCCUCAGCAGCCCUGCCAGCCAGCCUGGCCCUCUCAGCCCUGGCACUGCACAGGCUAUGGAGAUAA